UGGGGGAGAGAUGGCGGGGGCGGCCUGGGUUUGGCUUUCCCCGGUCAGCGGCCGCGUUGCGGCCCCCGCGGGCCCGGCUCCCUAGCGCGGCUCAGGGGCCGCCGUGGGCUGGCGAGAGGGCGGGGCCGGCUCCGACUGUCUCCCUGCGCUGCUGCGGCGCCGCUGUCAGGCAUGUUCAUUGCUGUUGGGGAGGGCUGUGAGCGUGCCAGAGAGACCCGAUGAGGACAUGGUGAAGGCGAGAGCUUGAGCUGAAUCUGAAGAUACAGUUUCUCUGUGCGAAGCAUAGCCAUGGUGUCAUGGAAAGGGAUAUAUUUUCUACUUGCACUGUUCCUCGGAAGUUUUUUUGGAAGUAUUUUCAUGCUCAGUCCUUUUCUACCUUUGAUGUUUGUUUCCCCUGCCUGGUAUCGCUGGAUCGUGGACCGAAUUGUAGCCACUUGGCUCACACUUCCAGUGGCUUUGCUGGAGAUGGUAUUCGGUGCAAAGGUGGUUAUAACAGGUGAUGGGUUCAUUCCUGGAGAAAGAAGUGUCAUCAUCAUGAACCAUCGGACAAGAAUGGACUGGAUGUUCUUAUGGAAUUGCCUGCUGCGAUACAGCUACCUCAGACUAGAAAAAAUCUGUCUCAAAUCCAGUCUCAAAAGUGUUCCAGGAUUUGGUUGGGCAAUGCAGGUUGCUGCCUUUAUUUUCAUUCAGAGAAAAUGGGAAGAUGACAAGAAUCAUUUUGAAAAGAUGCUGGAUUAUUUCUGUGACAUUCGUGAGCCACUACAACUCCUCAUCUUUCCUGAAGGAACCGAUCUCACAGCCAAUACCAAAGCCCGCAGUCAUGAAUUUGCUGAAAAGAAUGGACUUCGAAAAUAUGAAUAUGUCUUGCAUCCGCGAACUACUGGGUUCACCUUUGUGGUUGAACGUCUACGGGAAGGUAAUAACCUUGAUGCUAUCCAUGAUAUCACUGUGGCAUACCCUCAAAACAUUCCUCAAACGGAGAAGCACAUUUUGAAUGGAAACUUCCCAAGGGAGAUUCAUUUUCAUGUCCGCAGAUAUCCAGUACACACUGUGCCCACUUCCAGGGAAGAGCUUCAGGUCUGGUGCCAGAAGCGUUGGGAAGAGAAAGAGGAGAGACUCCGGCAGUUCUACGAAGGUGAAAAGUACUUUGAUGCAACGGGGCGAAGCAUAAUUCCACCAUGUAAAUCUGAACUCAGGGUCCUAGUUGUUAAGUGCAUUUCGCUCUUGUACUGGACAGUCUUCACACUUGCUAUGUUUGUGCUGCUGUACUUGUACAGCUUUGUGCGAUGGUAUCUUUUGAUCAUGGUCAUCAUUUUUGCCAUGCAACAGAAAAUAUUUGGAGGGCUAGAAUUAAUUGAGCUUGUGUGUCAUCGAUAUGUUAAUAAACGACAAAAUUUGUACAGUGGGAAGACAGAAUAGAAGGUUGUUCAGCAGGGAGCAAGGGGAGAUAACUGAUGUUUUUGAGAUGUGCCGCAGACUUUGUACAGGGACACAUUUUUUGCAUGAUAACACUCAGUCUUUUCUUACUACCAUUAUUACUAAAGAUAUUUUGCACUUGUUCCGUGGAAAAGAAAGAGAAAUAUUAGUUCUUGCUACCUGUGAAAACGAUAGUUUUUAUCUUUGAAUGUAAUAUCAGUAUUGCUCUUGCAAGCAGUUAGCAAUUGCAGCAUACUGUAGUUAUGAAAUAACAUGCUGGAUUAUUGAACAAUCAUUAAGAAAUUAGUAAAUGUGAUGCACCCUGAACUUUUCAAAUGUGCAAGUACACAAUGUCCAGCUGAGAGAGACAGAUCUGUGACUCCCAUACACUCACCUUGGCAUAAAA